AUGGCUGAACAGAUGAUUCUGGACCAAGUUCGGGAUCUCGCCGAGGGCCAGAUUGACUUUGAAGGACAAAAGAAGGCCGAGCUCUUGUCUACUUUUCUGCUCUCUGCGUUCGGGGUACUCACGUUUGUCGUCGGCUUUAUCCUCCAAGAUAUCAAGCUGGCUGUUUACAUUGGGCUUGGCGGCACGGCCUUGACGUUCCUUGUUGUCGUGCCACCCUGGCCAUUCUACAACCGGCACCCAGUGAAGUGGCUGGAACCACAAGGUGCUGUCGGCGACAUCACAGUCGUGGAGAAGACGGGAUGA